AUGGCAGGGAAUCAAAAACGUUUAGAGGAAUUACAAACUAUUUUAGAAGAGCAAGUAAAAAAAUUUGAAACAAUGCAGAAAGAACGUGACAUUAAUAUUACUAAACGUCAACAACUUGAAGCGCAGUUAACAGAAAACCAAAUGGUUCAAAAGGAAUUUAAACUUUUGAGUGAUGAUGCUGCUGUCUAUAAACUUAUUGGUCAAGCAUUGAUUAAACAAGAUUUGAAUGAAUCUAAAGAUAAUAUAGAAAAAAGACUUGAAUACAUUGGAGGAGAAAUUAAGCGUGUGGAGAAGUAUCUUGAAGAGAUGCCAGAGAAGUUAAAAAAUCAACAAGAUGAGAUUAAAAAGACUCAAACGAUGAUUGGAGCUAUUCGUACAUAG